AUGGCCACCUAUCCGACCGAGCCGCUACCCCUCUCGCUCUCCCCUCCCACCAACCAGCUCCUCGAUCUCCUCGCCGGCGCCACAAAGAGGGUCACGUCCCCGCCCCACAGCGCAUCCUCGUCCACCUUGCAGCAUCACCAGCACCACCACAACCACCGCCAACAGCAGGCCCAGCAGCAGCAAGCGCAGUCGCAGCCAAAUGGCACACGCUCACGCACAGUUUCUGGCAACCUAAAGACGCCCACAAAGACCAACCAGCCCAACGGCCAACAUCGCAACCGCGCACCCUCGUCGGUCAACGGCAGCAGCGACACCCAUAGCGAUCGCGGCUCCACGUCGCCCAACGACGCCGCCGCAUUCAAGUCGUUCCAGCAGCUCCUCGACAAUGCCGCCAGCCAGCUCGCUUCCCCAGCCGCUUCGCCGCAGCAGCCGCCCAAGCCCGUAGACGCGACUGUCGCCCCGCGCAACGCGGACAGCCCCCGAGCCAAGCCGGACACAGCUUCGCCCAGUCGGUCAACGCAGGACGUCAAUGCGCUCAUGCAGCAGUUCCUGGGCGGACCCAACUCGGUGGCAGCCGAGAGGGAGCCUUUCUCGAGAACGAAGCCUGCCAAGAGCCAGAAUGACGCGACAACCCCCGCAACCGCUCAGGUGCAAGCAAACGGCCACGUCGACUCGGAGCUCAAAGGGCACUCUGCUGCCGAGAGCCAGGAUCAGGCAGAGACCAAGAUCCAAGCCGCUGGAGACGUCAAGGCCAAGUUGGCCGGAGAGCAUGCCGGCGAGGGACCGCACGAGGUCCCCGCACAUCAGCAGGCAGCCAUCGUCCCUGCGCCUGAGCCCGCCCAGCCCGCCGCUCCAAGUGGCCUCGGCCUCGAGAGCGCCAGCGUCUCCACUCCCACCAAGACGCCUUUCGACUUUGUCAGCGCCUUUGACCUACUGGCUGAGCAGCGUCCAUCUGCCUCGCCGCGGCCGCAGGCGCAGCACGACGGUGUGCAGCAAUCGCCUUCGCGACGGGCGGACGCAGAUGCAAGCUCGUCUCCUGCGGGUUCGCCCGAGACAGAAUCACAGCGAGAGCCCGACGCAGGCAUUCCGCCGCCAGAGCAAGCAAAGCAGCAGCCAGGAUCAGACAUCGAGGGCUGGUCCGCAGCAAAUCAGGGCAUCGCAAAUCUACUGGCCAAGCUGCAGUCUGCCGCUCCGGCCCUUCCCACCAGCACCGAAGCAGCAACGCCAGCACAGGAGACGCCAGAACAGCCGUCACGGUCCGAGUCGCAGGCGCCUGCUUCUCGCACCGCUGAGUCCAAGAGUGACGAUGCGACGAGCACGAGACACGUCAAUGGCGACGCGUCUGGCAAGCUCGAGCAUGCGAUAUCGACUCUGCCCGCCGUCCCUGGCGAUCUUGGCGAAGCCGACGAGGCACUCCACGCAGCCAACCACGCUGCCUCGCUGAGGGCAGUCGGGGCAUCCGCCUUUGACGAUGCCAAGACCUCGGGACUCUCGAUCCUUUCGCCCUCUCGCGCUUCCAACACUCCACGCCACGUCACGCUCGACCUGUCGGCCAAGCAGCCCGCGGGCCUGUCGAGCCUCUGUCCAGCCAAGAUCGAGACGUCCGGCGUGGCGCUGCUGCCUACUACGUUUGCCUUCCAGUGCAGCGUCUCGGCAGGAGGCUUGUUGCCCGCGUCCAAGGUCGCCAGCCUCGGCGCAAACGUCGCAUGCUACGCGAUGUCGAAGGGCAAGGUCCGCCUCAUCCACUUUGAGACGGGAGAGAGGACGCUGUUGAGGAGCCCACAGCGCGCCAACCUGCGCACUCUGGUGGCUUUCCAGCCUGUCAAUGCGGACGAUCGCCGGCCCUACCUGAUGGCCGCGCUCGGCGACAACGUCAAGGGGUCGCAGGAGGACGAGCUCCUCGUCUGGCCCGUUUCGGCGUCCUUUGUCGACGACGGCAGCGCGACCGAGGAGCCCGAGGUGCUGCUGCGCAUCUCGGCCAAGCACGAGGAUGGGGCUGUUCCGCUCCGUCGCUUCACCGGCAUCGCGUGGCACCCCACUGAUCCCAAGCUUGCGGUUUCGACGAGCGACAACACGAUCAUCGUCCUCGACGUCGACCAGCUUAAGGGCCAGCUGCAAGAGCCGCAGAUCGACUCCCCGGCGCGCAAGGUGGUGGUCGCCGAAACGGGCCCGCUCGCUGGCUGGGCCUUUUCGGCGGACGGUGGUCUCAUUGUCUCCAUCGCCAGCGAGGAGAAGAACACCUGGAAAAUCCAGGUCCACAAUGCCGACGCCGCGGCGCAGGAAACACCCCUCGAGUUCAGUGUCGCCCCGCCUGUCGAGGCACGCGACCUCGUCGUCAGCCACAUUUCCGCGAUCGGCGACGAUGCGAGCCCGGUCAGGACGAUUCUCGUCGGAUUCGAGCGCAACACCGUCCUCGCCCUAUUCGACCUCGUCUCGCGGUCGUGGAAGCACGCUUUUAGCUUCCGCAUCCCCUCCUCGGUGCCUGCGCAUCUCUCAGCAUCGCACUACAACCUCCUCGCUUUCGAUUGCAUGACCGACACGCUGCUCAUUGCCAACAGCCUCCGCUCGUCGAUCUUCGCCCUCCGCUUCGAGUACGACUCGCUGCCGUUGCCGGCGACAGACGAGGAGGCGGCAUCGCCACUUGCGAGGCUGAAGAACCGGCUGCAAUGCGGGCAGCAGCCCUGGAGCGUCAAGCCCGUCACCCAGAUGCGCGAGUGCGCCGUCAACGAGCCUUGCACCGCCCUUUCAAUCGUCCGGCGAACCGAACGCGGCCGUUCGACCUGGGCGCAGAGCGAGCUGCGCCUCUUCGUCGGUCAUGCCGAGGGUGUCGAUCUGGUGUACCUGCCCCUCGCCGCGAUUGGCGCCAAGCUGGGCGAGCAGAGCGGCGCUGCUGGCCAGCCUGCCGUCGUCAUUGACGACGAUUCGGACGCCCCUGCUGCUGCUCCUUCGUCCAUGUCUGCGCUCAGCACCCCUCGAGCUGCUUCCCCGCAGGCUGGCAGCGUCGCCCCUCUUCCUCAGCAGAGUGACCAGCAGGUGUCCGGAUCCGAGGCCAAGCCAAAGAGGAAGAAGAAGUCCAGGCCCGGCAAGAAGUCGAAGGCGGCCGACGACGAGGAGAGCGCCACCGGCAGCGAGCCUCCCUCGCUAUCCUCUUCACGGAUCGCUCUGGCUGCAUCUGGCAACCCUGUCGUCGCUAGCGAGGACGUCAAGACACCCACCCCUGCCUCUGUCGGCAAGCUCGCAGCUGUCAACGGCGUUAGCCACGAUGCGCGCAACGACGCCGCCGACCUCGCACGCCUCGAGAGCCGGCUGUCGACGAUGCUGCGCGAUGCGCUCAAGGGCGCCACGCCCGCGGUCACCUCGGAUCAAGCAAGCUCCAUGAUCGACGCCGAGCAGCUGGCCAUCGCCGUGGCUGGCGAGAUGACCGACACCAUCUACGAUGCGCUCGCCUCGGCGGUCAGCGAUGCUACCAAUGACACGCUGGCCAACGGCAUCCAGAGCAGCGUGGCCGGCGCCCUGCCCGUCGAGCUCGAGAAGCUGAUCGGCCGCCCCGAGAUCCAGGAUCACCUGACGCGUGGCAUCGCCAAGUCGAUUCUGCCGGCGGUCCGCCAGACGGCCGUCGAGGUGGUCAGCAAGGUCCUCGCCCCGCACUUUGAGGAGGUGAUGAUGGACGUCGGGCACCGCGUCGAGGCGGCCAUCGUGUCGGAGAUGACGAACGUCCGCAAGUCGAUGUCUUCCGAACAGAGCGACGCGUUGAAGGACACCGUCGAGACGAGCCGCGCCAUCGCCGCGGGCAUGGGCGAGCUCCUGAACAAGCUCAACGAGGUCUCGAAGCGCAACGCCGAGCUGGAACAGAUGGUCCGAGCAUUGUCGCCGCCCUCGGAGCACGCGCACUCAGAGGAGCACAAGGUUGCGCCCGAGGCUGCAGCAUCGGCCGUCGUUGCGGCUUCCGCCCCCGCAUCCGCCUCUGCGUCGGCGAAAGCUCCCGCCCAGGCCCCCGGUUCAGCUGUGGCUCAAACGGCGCCCAAGGAGACCAAAGCGGUCAACGGCAGCUCGGCCAAGGAUGGCUCGUCGCAGGCCCACCGCUCAGCCUCGCCCGCUCCGCGACGCAGCAAGAAGGACAACAGCCCCACCGAGCCAUCAGCGGCCAAGAAGGCCAAGACCGCGGAGGUGGCCGUCGUCGCCAAGAAGGCCGAUGCCGCGCCCGCUGUGGACCUCAAGGCGGUCAAGGCGAUCCUGCCCGACCGCAUCGCCAUCGUCGGCGCCGGACCCGUCGGAUGCCUGGCCGCACUGGGCUUCGCGCAGCGCGGAUGCAAGGUGGAUAUCUUUGAGUCUCGACAGGACCCCAGGACGGCCGAGGCGAUCAGCAGGUCGUCGCAGCGCAGCAUCAACCUGGCCAUCUCGACGCGCGGCCUCACCGGUCUGCGCAGCGUCGCCGUCGUCGGGCUGGGCAAGGAUGCCGCGACGGGUCUCGAAAAGGACCUGGCCGACACCGUGCUCGACGAGGCGGUGCCGAUGCGGGCGCGCAUGAUCCACACGGUGACGCACCGCGGCAGCGGCAGCUCGAAGCGCUCCGUCGUCAGCGAGAACAGCCAGGCGUACGGCGCCAACGGCGAGUGCAUCAACUCGGUCGACCGCAGCCGCCUCAACAAUCUGCUGCUGCAGCACGCCAGCCAGCACCCGCUCAUCGACGUCCACUUUGACUGCCGCCUGCUGACGAUCGACUUUGAGCACGACCUCCGCGGCGGCGCCAAGCGGUACGCGGAUGCCGAGGGCGACGUGGCAGAGCAGAAGCAGCAGCAUGCCAUCGCAAGCACCAAGAAGAAUGGCGGGAGGGCGGGUCAGCAGCAGCAGCAGCAGCAGCAGCAGCAGCAGCAGUCGGUCGCCGCCAGCGACCGCGUCCGUCUCGACUUUGACGUGCACAUCAACAGCAAGAACAAGCACACCGUCACCCGGUACGCUGGCCUGGUGCUCGGUUGUGACGGUGCCCACUCGGCGGUGCGCACGGCCAUGGGCAGCAUGGUGCGGAUGGGCUACUCGCACGAGUACGUCGACAACGGCUACGUCGAGCUGUCGAUCCCGCCGCGCACCUCGCUGGGCGCCGGCAGCCGGCUGCGGGGCAACGGCGGGCUGGACGGCAGCCGGGGAGGCCACGACGCCUGGUCGAUGGACCCCAACCACCUGCACAUCUGGCCGCGGCGCGACUUUAUGCUCAUCGCGCUGCCCAACCGCGACGGCAGCUUCACGUGCACGCUGUUUGCGCCGUUCCGCAUCUUUACCGAGCACCUGUCGUCGAAGCGCAGCAUCCUGGCCUUUUUCGACGAGCACUUCCCCGACGCCGUCGACCUCAUCGGCCGCGACCGGCUCGUCGAGGACCUGCUGGCGCGCAGGCCGAGCCCGCUCGGCAGCGUCAAGUGCAAGCCGUACCACUACCGCGACCGCGCCAUCCUGAUCGGCGACUCGGCGCACGCCAUGCUGCCCUUUUACGGGCAGGGCCUCAACUGCGGCUUCGAGGACGUGCGGGUGCUGCUCGAGAAGAUCGACGCGGCGGCUGCAGAUGCGGCGGCGGCGGCGGCGGUGAUUCGAGGAAGGGACGAGGGCGGCGAUACGGCGACCGGGACGACGACGGCGACGACGACCAUGACGCCGCUGCACCGCGCGCUGGACUCGUACACGACGACGCGGCAUCCGGACCUGCUGAGCAUUGUGCAGCUGGCGUCGGACAACUACCAGGAGAUGGCGUCUUCGGUGAUUUCGCGGGGCUACCUGCUGCGGAAGCGGCUCGACGGGCUGCUGAUGAAGGUGCUGCCGCGGUGGAUGUGGCAAUCCCUCUACAUGAUGGUGACCUUUUCCAACCUCGGGUACGCCGACGUGGUGCGGCGCGAGCGGCGGCAGCAGCGCAUCGUGCGCGACGGCGUCGUCGUCGGCGUCGUUGGCUGCGUCGGGCUGGCGGGCCUGGGCGUCUGGAGGACGAGGGAGGUGUGGAGGCCCGCGCUGCUCGGCGUGCGCGAGUCGCUGGCCAAGGGCCUGUCGCGAUGA